UGACGGCGGGGGAGGAGCCGGGUCCGCUGCCGGGUGGUUGGGCCGGGCGAGUGUCCUUAUCCCAGCGCUCGGGGCUCGGGCCUGUAAGCCUUUUGGAGUAGCAGCGGCGAGAACGAUUGGGUCGAACCGGGAAGGCAUGUUGCUCUUCGUGGAGUGAGCAUCAGCUGACUGCCUGGCUAAAGCUUUGAGUAGAUUCCUGAUCAUACUGUUCUUGCAUUGUGAAAACGUCAAACCAGCAAAGCUGCAACUUCGCAACUUGGCACUUGUUAACUAUGCCCAUAAAAGAAUCUUUUCAAUGAGGGAAGGAAUUUACAGCAUUUGUAGUGUUAAGUGGCAUGGGAUAUCUGUUUCUGAUAAUAAAUAGCAGGUAACAUCUAAAGGAACUGGUUUAAAUCCUAAUGCCAAAGUGUGGCAAGAAAUUCCUCAUGGAAAUACUGAUGUCACGCCAGUAACUCAUGGAACUGAAAGCUCUUGGCAUGAAACAGCAGCAACAUCAGGGUCUCAUCCUGAGGGUAAUACAGAGCUUUCAGAUGAUAUGUGUAAGGAAUAUGAAGUAAUGUAUUCAUCUUGUGAAACCACAAGAAAUUCUACAGGCAUUGAAGAAUCAACUAAUGGAAUGAUUUUAGGGCCAGAAGAUCUGAGUUACCAAAUAUAUGACAUUUCCGGAGAAAGCAAUUCAGCAAUUUCUACAGAAGACCUAAAAGAAUGCCUGAAGAAACAAUUAGAAUUCUGUUUCUCACGAGAAAAUUUGUCAAAGGAUCUUUACCUGAUAUCUCAAAUGGACAGUGAUCAGUUCAUUCCAAUUUGGACAGUUGCCAACAUGGAAGAAAUAAAAAAGCUAACUACAGACCCCGAAAUAAUUCUUGAAGUAUUGAGAUCCUCUCCCAUGGUACAAGUUGAUGAGAAGGGUGAGAAAGUGAGACCAAGUCAUAAGCGUUGUAUCGUGAUUCUUAGAGAGAUUCCUGAGACAACACCGGUAGAGGAAGUAAAAGCUUUGUUCAAGAAUGAAAAUUGCCCCAAGGUGAUAAGCUGUGAGUUUGCACAUAAUAGCAAUUGGUAUAUCACGUUCCAGUCAGACACGGAUGCACAACAGGCUUUUAAAUAUUUGAGAGAAGAAGUUAAAACAUUUCAGGGCAAGCCAAUUAUGGCAAGGAUAAAAGCCAUCAAUACGUUUUUUGCUAAGAAUGGUUUUCGAUUAAUGGAUUCUAGUAUGUAUAGUCAGCCCAUUCAAACUCAAGCACAGUAUGCCUCACCAGUCUUUAUGCAGCCUGUAUAUAGUCCUCACCAACAGUACUCCAUCUAUAGUAUUGUGCCUCAGUCUUGGUCUCCAAAUCCUACACCUUACUUUGAAACACCACUGGCUCCGUUUCCAAAUAGUAGUUUUGUGAAUGGCUUUAGUUCACCAGGAUCUUAUAAAACAACUGCUGCUGCUGCUGCUGUGAAUAUGGGUCGACCAUUCCAAAAAAAUCGCGUGAAGCCUCAUUUUAGGGCAUCAAGUGGUUCAGAACACUCAACAGAGGGAUCUGUGUCAUUGGGGGAUGGACCAGUAAACAGAUCUGGUUCAAGAAACUUUCCAGCUGAACGGCAUAACCCUAUAGUAACAGGACAUCAGGAGCAAAGCUACCUUCCGAAAGAGACUCCAACUUUGCCGAUUGAACAGAAUGGGGAUUAUGGUAGGGGCAGGAGAACUCUUUUCAGAGGUCGAAGACGACGAGAAGAUGACAGAAUCCCAAGACCCCAACCUUCAACAGCUGAAGCAAAGGCUCCAACACCAAAGUUUGACUUAUUAGCCUCAAAUUUUCCUCCUUUACCUGGAAGUUCAUCAAGAACACCAGGUGAACUUGUUUUGGAGAGUAGGAUGUCUGAUGUUGUUAAAGGUGUCUGCAAAGAAAAGGAUAAUGAAGAGUUAAGACAAGGGGAUAGUUGCCCAGUGCCUGCAGAGGAUGAACAGACCGACUGCACCGCUGCCCAGCAACUCAAUACAAGUACCGGUCCUUCGUGUACAGCUGAGCCUCCUGCAUUGAGCACAACUCAUAUAGAAAAGGAUCUAGUGGAGGAUUCCACUGUUCAGAAGGAUGUUCUCAACUCAACAACUAUAUCAGUUUCUUCCCCAAAUCCUGUAAAGCCAUCAGGGACAAAUACUGCUUCACCAUGUGAUAAUAACAUAAAUGCAGCUGUAACUGUGGCCCUACAGGAACCCCGAAAGCUAAGUUAUGCAGAAGUGUGCCAGAAGCCCCCUAAAGAGCCAUCUCCAAUUCCUGUGCAGCCGCUACGAGAACUUCGCUCCAAUGUAGUGUCUCCCACCAAAAAUGAAGAGAAUGGAGCUCCUGAGAAGUCCAUUGAGAAACCACAUGAGAAGCCAGAAGCAAGGCCUAGUAAGGAUUAUUCUGGCUUCCGAGGCAAUACCAUUCCCAGGGGAGCAGCUGGAAAAAUCAGGGAACAGAGACGCCAGUUUGGCCACAGGGCCAUACCUCAGGGAGUUACUCGACGUAAUGGCAAAGAGCAAUAUGUGCCACCCAGAUCACCAAAGUAAAACAAACCAACCAACAAACAAAAACUAUUCAAAAACAACUCUCUCUUCCCAUUAAACUUGAGCUGUGGCUAUAUUGAACUGUUAUGGAGGGGAGAGGGUGACCAGGAAGGAAACAAGAGAAAGUAUAUCCUUAAAUCAUUACAGAUUUUGGAGCUGUGAGCAGUAGAAUCCCAAAAUUCAUCUCUAAAGUGAUUUUAAAAUGCUGGAGGAUUCCAAUCAGUAUAAAUAUAUAUAUAUGUAUACAUAUAUAAAAAUAUAAUUUUUCUAUUUUUGUUUUUGAUUUUAAUUUGCAGAGAUCUGCCUGGAAUCAAUUUUGAGGGUUCAGAUUUAGCUUGGGGAAAAAACAUAUUACACAUCCUUCAGUAUAGGAGAUGAGGGAGUGAGAGAAAUAUUUUUUGAAGAAGCAUUUCUGUAAAAUUAGAAAUUACUUUUUUAAAUAUAUUUAAAGUUUGGCUUAGAGAAUGCCAUCUCUGCCUUUAUGGCCUUGUGUUGCAAAGCAGAUCAGUGGUUGGAGUGCCUGUUUGGGUGUGUUGUGUGUACAAGAGUGACUGAAGCCAAAUCUGUUGUCAUGUUAGUAAAUGAUUUGAAAACUGAAUGUAAUAAUGUACUUGAGUAGAUUAUUUUUCCAGUUUGAUAUGUAGUCUCCUUUUGACCUUACUAAUAUUUUAUUCAACAAGCUUUUGAUUGUACUUGGAGAUGUGACUACCAAUCAGUUUGAUACUCACGGAAAGAAUGGGGGUUAAUCAGAUAAUUGAAAAAUCUGUCUUAGAUCUGAGUAGGGGUAGAUCAAAAGGCCAACAGAGGUUUAAACUGGCCUGUGAUUCCCCCCUCCCCCUAAAAUAGGAAAUAAUUUUUUGUGUGUUACUUCAUUUUUGCUACUUUCUGUUCUUUGACUACCAACCCCCAGAAGUAAAUUUAACUAACCACCUACAUAAUUGUAUGUUUUUAACCACCUUGACCAGUCUAGUCAAAUCAUAUAACUGUUCUAAAUUUCUGAAUUGAACAGUGAAGUAUUUUACUCUUCUGUUCAUGUAUUUAGAAGUUUAGAUCCCAGAAUGGUAGAGCAGACUAUAUUUUAUUUGUAUUAGUGUUAAAGAUGAAACAUUGUAAUUGACUCUUAAAGUGUUAAAUAGUGUAGAAGUAAAAAUAAUUUUUAAAGGCUUAAUUUGGGGGCAACUUUUUCUGUUUACAGUGUAUUUAUCAUAACCUGCCUUUCUUCCCUUUCUCCAAAAAAUUAAAAAAAAAA